CAUUCACAUUUUGUAACAAUUCUUGUAAGCAUGACAACUCUGCACCGACUGCGCUUGUUAUUAACUUUUCACGGAUUUAAACAUGCAAACAAAUCCAUAUCAAACGGACAAAGUGUUAACAUUACCUCACAUUCACGUGUCUCUCCAGCACGAGCUCUCAGCUGUCACUGUAAGGACAUAAAGGAUGAUUUUCAUCGUUCAGCAGCCAAAGGACACUUGACACUGAAUUGCAGUCAGCUGUCAAAGUGUUUCUGCACUGUGUCAGUCAAAAGAUUCUGUUGGAACUGUAGAUCAACUGUGGAAUUAUUCUUCUGUUCAUCCUGUAAAGUGAUUCAACCUCCUGAAGACAACACUAAUUAUUUUGACCUCUUGAACUGUGAACAGACGUUUUCUGUGGACAACCAAAAGCUUCAGAAAAGAUACGUGGAGCUUCAGAGAGUUCUUCAUCCUGACAACUUCUGCCAGAAAUCAUCGAAAGAGCAGGAAUAUUCAGAGAGACAAUCAGCGCUGGUGAACAAAGCUUACAGAACGCUACAAAAGCCUUUGAGUCGGGCUGUCUACAUGCUUAAGCUGCAAGGGAUUUUGCUGGAGGAGGGUACGGAUGCCACCGCAGACCCUCAGUUUCUCUUGGAGAUCAUGGAGAUCAACGAGAGCCUAGAAGAGACGCAGGGCCAGGACGAGGUCAAUGCUAUCGGGCAGUCAGUGCGAGAGAAACUGAAAGACUUGACUGAACAGCUGAAUUCAUCGCUGAACAAAGGGGAUCUGCGGACUGCCAAAGACCUCCUGACCCUAAUGAAGUACUUCACAAAUAUAGAGGAAAAGGUGAAAGAGAGACUUGCAGAGGGUUGAUUCCAGAUAUAAAAGUGAAAAUGGAGAUUUAGAGUAAAAUAAGGAUUAAAUUUGGUCGGUUUCUCACCCACACCUAUUAUAUGGCUUCUGAAGAGGCUUUCUACACCUGCACUGUAGAGAGCAUCCUAACUGGCUGCAUCUCCGCCUGGUACGGCAAUAGCACAGCCCACAACCGCAAAGCACUGCAAAGGGUGUUGCGAACUGCCAGACACAUCAUCGGAGGUGAGCUUCCCUCCCUCCAGGACAUAUAUACCAGGCGGUGUGUGAAAAAAGCUCGGAGGAUCAUCAGAGACUCCAGCCACCCGAGCCAUGGGCUGUUCUCACUGCUACCAUCAGGCAGGCGAUAUCGCAGCAUCAGGACCCGCACCAGCCGACUCCAUGAUAGCUUCUUCCCCCAAGCAAUCAGACUUUUGAACUCUUGAUCUCCCAUGAUCAAAAUACAUCAGCACUGCACUUUAUUACUCUUACUCUUACAUCUCACACCGGACUGUCAUAAAUUAUAUUAUUAUUAUAUUAUAUUCUUUCUUAACAACUUACUAUCAACCGACAGCCUGAAUGUCAAUACAACCUACUGUACAUUCUAUAUAUACUACUAUAUAUACUUUAUUUAUUUAUUUAUUUAUUUUUAUUGAAUAAUGUGUAUCUAUAUUGUGUGUAUUGUAUACUGUACAGUGUAUGUUAUUAUUUGUAUAUUGUGUUGUGUGUAAUUAUGUGUAUAUUAGACUUUAAAUUGUGCUGUGUUAAUUUGAUGUUAUUGUAAAUUGGUAUAUGUCUCAUCACUGUCACGACUGCUAUGUUGAUCGGAACUGCACCCAAGUAUUUCAUACACCAUUGCACUUGUGUAUAUGGCUGUGUGACAAUAAAAGUGAUUUGAUUUGA